AAAAAAAAAGAUUACUGAAGGAGAGAGUCGGGUGAUUGGAGCCUUUUUUGUUGAUCCGACCCGGGAAUUGCCCUAACUUUCUCUAGCAAGUAUGCCACAUCGAGAAAGAAGAAAGUGACAGCAGAAGCAGCAAAAAAAAAACCCCAAGGAUUCGAUUCUCUCGAGGCAAAAGCUGCGGAAAGGAGUUGGGCGAGUUCGCGAUGCAACCAGCCAGGGUAGAAGAAUCGUCUUCGAUUCAUCACGAGACUAGAAAUUGUUCCAUCCCUUCCGGUGAAAAUUCCGUUUGGGCCGAUGUUUCUCCUCUCCUCUCCGCCGCUUGCAGUGGUCUCCAUGAAGGCGAGCUCAUUCAUGGAGAUAAUUUCAAUCUUUUUGCUGCAAUGUCUGCAUUGGAGAUAAUGGACCCAAAGAUGGAUUCCGGUAUGGUGUCUGCAUUUUAUUCUAUAGAUGAAGCCAUCGAAAGUGGUUUUGCGCCGGUCCCUAUAAGCUCUGAUAGAACUGUUAAUGUGGAAAGCAUCAUCGACAUUAUGGACCAUCUCCUGGUCUGCGAGGCAACAUGGCACAUGGGUCAUUCAUUGGCCCAAACUGUGUAUUCAUGCAUCUAUGUUCUGAGGCCCGAGAGGACAUCUUCACAGGCUCUAUUGCAUUCUUUUUGUAGGGUCAUACGAGCAACUUGCCGGACAGUUGUUUCUGUUGUUUCAGAUACACGUACAAAUGAAGAAGAUGAUCUUUUUACCAUGACAUAUGGUCUUCCUUUUAGUGGAGAUGAAGAUGCUAAGGGCUUGUCACUCUUAAAUGCGGUUGAGGAAACAAUCUGUCGCCAGCUACGUGCUUGUAAGGCCACAUCAUCAAAAAGGAGAGCGCUGGAAGAAUUGGAACCUCUACAAACCAGUCCCCAUCUGGAAGAGAGUUUUUGCAAAGCUCUGCUAUGCCGGAUACGUUUCCGUAAGCAUUUUCUACACACACUUAAUUGUAUGAGACGACCACAAGGACGAGGCUUUGAAUUGGCAAGGAAACACAUAGCAUCUUGCAUAUCUGAGCUAGAUUCUGUCCUAGAGUCAGCGGAAUUUCUAAGACUAGAUCUUGUCGAAAAUGGCGAAAACAAGAUAGAAGAAAGGACAACUGCAUCGGGUCGUCACCCAAUUGGAUUUGAUCCUACUUUAAAUAAGAGAUUAUCAGCUCCAACCCCACCGCGUGCUAUUAAGCUUCUUCCUUGGAAAAAGGCUCUCGACUAUUUUGUGAAACUUCUUCACAAUCUUGAUCAGAUCUGUGCAUUCUCAUUGGAACCAGAUUUGGAUUCCGUCUUGCAGUUUGUGAUUCAGUUUCAAAAAUCUCGUCCUGAUUUGGUUUCUAGGGCUCAUCUUCAGCUUCUUCUUGUGCAAGAUGGGAAGCUUUAUGGCCGUGAUACCUUUUUGGCUGUUUGUGCCAGAGCUGUUGCAUUAGAUGUUACAAAGGACCAUGCCCUUCAAAAGAAUGAAUACAUUCUUCAACUUUGUCAGUUGAUGAUUAAUCUACUUAAAAUACUCUGUGCCAAUACCCCAUGGCAGAGGCGUAAGCUUGGGAAAAUCUUAAACGACUGGAGCGUAUUCCGUGUGCAGAUGGGGAUCACAGUUGGUCAGGCUAUGCAGCAAGAUACAUCACGCACUCCGAAAAAUGGGCUGUUUAUUCCGGAACUAGCCAGUAGUCUUACUUCCAACAACUUGUCUUUCUCCUUCCGAAAUCUUGGCUCUAUGGAGAAGCAGAGAUGGAAUAUUGUGUUAACGUGCAUCUCUGUACCUUUCAGGAUAAAGCUCUACUCUACGAGUGAAUAUUGCAUGGUAUACUGGUACAUGUAUAUUACACUCUGGAAGCUCGCUGAGAGAGCACGUUUCAGAGUUUUAAUUAUUGUUAACACUGAGGAACGGAAGGCAAAGAUGAAUAAGGAUUAUCAUAGGGAUAUGGCUCGGGAAGAUCGGAUUAGUCUAUGGGUAUUACUUCUUCAAUGCCAGACUUCCCUUGCACAGGGGCUAACAGUGAUGCUUUCUGCUUUACGAAAUCGAGGAAUGUGUUUAAAAAGUCAGGGACCGUUCAAUACCGAAAAUGAGAAAUUUACUCAGCAUUUUGAACUCCUCCAGAAGGCGUCGCUUCCCGAAUAUGAUGCAUAUCAAUCAUUCGCAGAAUCCACAUCUCAUACCCGUCUCGACUACCUUCCUGUGUAUGAGUAUUUUCGCGAUGCUCAAAAGAUCGCUAAGGACAUAAAGGUCGGUUUCGCCAACGAUCCUGUUAAUUUGGCUGAAGUCAGGGGUUUAGAGCAAGUCGCGGAACACAAUAUUAUUGCUGUUAAUCUCAUCAAUCAAGACUGUUCGCUUAAGGUGUCGUUUCAGUUCACUCACCAUCCUUAUUUCGCCACUGCUGUUGUCCGUAGAUCUUGAAACUAUUUCUUAUUGACUUGUUGUCAUCCAAAUCCAGUUUUGGGAUAUACCAUUAUGUUGUGGAAACAAAUGUGCUUUUUAGUUUCGUCUCUCAGCUUUCAUCACCUUUCCUCCUUUCUCUCCAAUUUACAAUAUUUUUCUUUUAAAAUUUUGUUGUUCUCCGAAACUAAAUGAUUAUAAUAAAUCUUAUUCUUGCAUCUUUGUUCGAGAAACUUUUCAGAAAGUUUCAACAACUUUUCAG